GUUUAUUAUUUUACUCCCACUUUGAGCGGUGUCUGCUAGCCGGCACAUAUAAAUACUUUAUCCAUGUAAACACUCCAGCAAGCCAAAAAAAAAUUUGAUCGGCAAAUGUUGAUGUCAUUUAUUAGACGCCCAGUACACAACGCAUUGAAGACUUCCGCACCUGUUGGGAAUCACCAGUGGAGACGUGGAACGAAUAACAAAUUUGCUAUCGCCUUUACUAUUGCAUUGAUACUCUCUGCGCAUACAACAGCAGCGAAUAUGCCGCACCGUGGUCAAUUGUCAGCGCAACAAGAUUUCGCCCGUAAGUCGGCGCAGUUCGCGGUUAACCUCUUCAAUUUUAUUUACCACAAGGAACCCCAAAAUAAUAUAAUAUACUCACCCUUCUCGAUACAAACAUGUGUGAGCAUGGCUCGCAUGGGCGCCACCGGUGAAACAGCUGCAGAACUCGAUCGCGGACUGGGUUUGCCAUUGAACAACGAGGCAGCUAUUGCCAAUACCUUCCACAACAUCUUGGCUGAUUAUGUUAAUAGUCCAAUUUUAAAGAUUGCCAACAAAAUUUACAUCAUGGACACCUAUAAAGUGCAACAGGAAUUCAAUGAAAUUGCAACGACUAAAUUUUUCUCCUCAGCGGAAAACAUUAACUUUGCGAAUAGCGAAGGUGCAGCGAACACAAUUAAUAAGUGGGUUGAAUCCAAGACCAACAACUUAAUUAAAGAUCUCAUUCCGCCGGCUGCUUUGAGUGGUGAAACACGUAUUGUGUUGGUCAAUGCAAUUCACUUCAAGGGUGAAUGGAAGCAUCAGUUCCCGAAGGAGGCAACACGUGAUGAUAAUUUCUAUUUGAAUGAAGUUGAUUCGGUGCGAGUGCCAAUGAUGAAUUUAAAAGCAACUUUCGGUUUUACCUAUCUGCAUGAUUUGGAUGCCUCAGUAUUGGAAAUGCCCUACAAGGACUCCGAUCUAUCUAUGUUGGUAAUUUUGCCAAGCUCACGCACGGGAUUGGCUACUCUGCAUGAGAAACUGAAGAGCUUUGAUCUAUCUGAGAUCACUCAACGCUUAACCCCAACGAAAGUCAUGGUGAAGUUCCCGAAAUUCAAAGCCGAAUUUGAAAUCGAGUUAAAAGAGGCUUUGGAAAAUCUUGGUAUGAAACGCAUGUUCAGUAGAGAUGCAGAAUUCGGUAAAAUGCUCGACUCCGAUGAGCGAUUACAGGUAUCAAAAGUGAUACACAAGGCCUUCAUUGAGGUUAACGAAGAAGGCACUGAGGCAGCGGCGGCCACUGCUAUGACGGUAAUGUAUUGUUCCUUCGUCGCCCAUCAACCACCCAGAUUCAGCGCCGAUCAUCCAUUUAUCUACUUAAUAAGAAGUGGAACUCAUGGACAGCCAUUGUUUGUUGGAGAAUUUGUGAAACCAUAGGAGUAUAUUUUUUAUUAGUCUCAUCAUUGGUUGAUGCAAAAAUACGGCGGUCGAUUAUAAAUUAACAAAUAUAAAAGUGUUUGCAAUCACAUGUACGAGAAUUAGUAAUAAAGUGAAGACGAAGCGGCAGUAUACAAAUGUAUGUAGAUUUUCAAUUAGAUUUAGUUAUCCUCUGGUCUCUUCUCUUGAAGCUUCCCAAUCAUCACCAAGCUGGCACAAAUAAACCUUCCAUCGUUGGCAAUCGCCAUUUUUAUGCUAGAAGCAAAUCAAUACGUAGAAUUCGUAUGUAAAAACCGUCAAGAUCUAUUGGCAAGCCAAGAAAUGACGGUUCAUGUUAGGAUUUUCCGUGAGUCACAACUGACUCCAGAUCGU